AGCCAUACAAUGGACGAAAAGUCAUCAUCUAAAGAAUUAGAUCAAUGGAUUGAACAGUUAAAUGAAUGCAAACAGUUGACAGAAACUCAAGUUAAAACAUUAUGCGACAAGGCAAAAGAAAUAUUGGCGAAAGAGUCAAACGUACAAGAAGUAAAAUGUCCUGUAACAGUAUGUGGAGAUGUACAUGGCCAAUUUCACGAUUUGAUGGAAUUAUUUCGGAUAGGCGGAAGAUCACCAGAUACAAAUUAUCUAUUUAUGGGUGAUUACGUAGAUCGUGGAUAUUAUUCUGUGGAAACAGUUACAUUACUUGUUGCAUUGAAAGUACGGUAUCGAGAAAGAAUAACAAUUUUGCGAGGAAAUCAUGAAUCCAGACAAAUUACACAAGUAUAUGGAUUCUACGAUGAAUGUUUAAGAAAAUAUGGUAAUGCAAACGUAUGGAAAUUUUUUACUGAUUUAUUUGACUAUUUGCCAUUGACGGCAUUAGUAGACGGUCAAAUAUUUUGUUUACAUGGUGGGCUUAGUCCUAGUAUAGAUACAUUGGAUCACAUCAGAGCAUUAGACAGAUUACAAGAAGUACCACAUGAAGGACCUAUGUGUGAUUUGUUAUGGUCCGAUCCAGAUGACAGAGGUGGUUGGGGUAUUUCACCUAGAGGUGCUGGUUACACAUUUGGUCAAGAUAUAUCAGAAACAUUUAAUCAUAGUAAUGGUUUAACUCUUGUCUCUCGCGCACAUCAACUCGUCAUGGAAGGAUACAAUUGGUGUCAUGAUCGUAAUGUUGUUACUAUAUUUUCAGCACCCAAUUAUUGUUAUCGUUGUGGUAACCAGGCCGCAAUUAUGGAACUUGAUGACGCUUUAAAAUACUCCUUUUUGCAGUUUGAUCCUGCGCCUCGACGAGGUGAACCACAUGUUACUAGAAGAACGCCGGAUUAUUUCUUAUAAAUGACGCCAAUAAUUGUCUUUUAUUAUUAUUUUCCUUGAUAUCCUCCUCUAUUUCCUACAAACAAAACAUACAUGCAUGCCCAAAUCAUGAAUUAUAUCCUAUCCGUAUCCGUAUCCCAUUCUUUAUAUUGUUUUGGAAAGAAUAUCGUGACUUACACUUUUUCACGGCUCCCACCAUCCAAAUCAUUUAAAUAUAAAUACAAAAUAAAACAAAACAGACUUUAUAAUAAAUCAUUUUUUUGUGUUGUCUCAUGUAAAAUAAAUACUUGAUGGUUAAAGUUAAGAUCCGUUAAAAUCAUCAUCGAUAAUUUUAUUACAUUAUUAUCUAUAACCACAAGCAAUCAACCAACAAAACAUACAAACAAACAAAAAAACCACCACUUUCUUGUAAUUCACAGCCAAAUUGCAUUGUUCAUUUUUUGAUCCUAUCUAUUUUGAUACAAUCGAUCAAAUCAAUCAAUUAUUAUCGUUUGGAUUCGAUUGAGAUAUGUAUCAAUAAUAAAAACAAAAUCUCAACAAUGAAAUUGUAUAUUUUAUUUACCAAAAUCAAAAUUUUUAUUGUAAACUGUAGAGAUUUGCUUAUUAUAACAGCUCACGUUUUUGAAUUUAUUAUUAUUAUUAUUAUAAAAUAAGU